AUGCAAGUCCUCGGAAAUGAGCACCCUAUUAUCCCUGUCAGGAAAAUGCCGCAGCAGGAACGGGCCAGCAACCCUGAAGAGGACUGGACCGGAGUUGUUGACCGCCAAGAAAGAAAAAAAUUGCAGAAUCGGUUAAAUCAACGGGUAUACCGACAACGCAAGAUGAAUCGAUUGCUUCUACGUACUAGUGCUUAUGGGAUUUCCCAACCGGUUCUCGAACCACAAUUAUCAUCUCGCUGCGAAGCAGCCCCUGCAGUCCUCAUCCCUGCCUCUGCAAAAAAUGCAAUGGUCUAUGAUUUUCCCGGGCUCCGUGGCCCCGCUAGCCUUUGUGAUUUUGAUUCUGAGACCAUCGAAAGUCUAAUGGCCAAUAUCGAAAGCUGGGCCUACAGUCAUUCACUGCGGGGUACUCCAAGUGCGGAUAAUCUCUUGACACUGGUCCACUUCAACGUUUUUAAAGCGAUGGGAUGGAAUGCUCUAAUCUUAGGGCUGGGAAUGAAUUGGUUAGAAGAGAAUGCCUUGUCACCAUUCAAUACUCUUGGCCCGGUGCGAGUGAAUGCCACGGCGGAUCAUCUUCCCGUGAGCCUGCAGCCGACGAUGCUUCAGCAAAUAGUUCCGCACCACCCUUGGCUCGAUCUGCUGCCAUCGCCGAGGCUACGCGAUAAUCUCCUCCUAGCAGGUGAUGCUCUUGAUGAAAGCAAACUUUGUACAGACAUCUUAGGAUUCUCAGGUCACUCGACAGAAGGAUCGGGUCUUGUAGUUUGGGGCGAGUCGUGGGAUCCAAAUGGUUGGGAAGCAACUGAGGACUUUGCUAAGAACUGGAAUUGGGCGCUCACGGCAUGCGAUGAUAUUCAGAGCUCAACAAACGACUGGCGACAGAAGCGCGGACUCAAACCCCUCCAGUUUGGACAUUCCUUCGGAGUAGUGCCCUGCCGAAAAUUGCUAUGCAAUCUUGAAGAAAUAUGA